AUGGGAAACUGUGGUAGUAACCCUAAGACCAACGAGGGACCAGUGCCGGUGCCGUUGCCUGUGCCUGCAACUAAGGAGGUUAAGGCUGAGCGUGCAAUGGAAGAAACCCUAAUUGAUGAAAUCAAGUCCCUAAAAAAUGUGCUUAAUGAGAAUGUGGAGGUAGGAAAGAAGCCAGAAGUGAAGGCUGAGGCUAAGGAAGUGAAGGCUGAGCCUAAGAAACAAAAACAUAACAAAGAAGACUCAAAGGUUCAAGAGAAGGCAAAAACAACAGAAGAGGCACAGAUUGAGGCUUUCUUUGCUAAGAGAGAGGGCUAG